CGGGCGGAGCGGAGGGAGAUCCGAGCGGCGGCGGCAAGUGGGCUGCGGCUGACUGAGCAGCUCUCCAAGCUCACCGGCCUUUGGUCUCCAGGACUCGUUCCAGCAGCUCCUCGAACUGAGAAUUACACCAUCGGCCCCCCUGGCUCUGAGGCCUUCAGACUUGGACUGUGUCACACUGCCAGGCUUCUGGGGCUCCAGCUUGCAGACGGCCUGUUGUGGUACAGUCUCCCUAAUUGUAAGGAAAGCAACCAUGGAAGACCUGGGGGAAAACACCACGGUUUUAUCCACCCUGAGAUCUUUGAACAACUUCAUCUCUCAGCGGGUGGAGGGAGGAUCUGGACUGGAUAUCUCCACCUCGGCCCCAGGUUCUCUGCAGAUGCAGUACCAGCAGAGCAUGCAGCUGGAGGAAAGAGCAGAGCAGAUCCGUUCGAAAUCCCAUCUCAUCCAAGUGGAGCGGGAGAAGAUGCAGAUGGAACUGAGUCACAAGAGGGCUCGAGUGGAGCUGGAGAGAGCGGCCAGCACCAGUGCCAGGAACUACGAGCGCGAGGUCGACCGCAACCAGGAGCUCCUGACGCGCAUCCGGCAGCUUCAGGAGCGGGAGGCUGGGGCGGAGGAGAAGAUGCAGGAGCAGCUGGAGCGCAACAGGCAGUGUCAGCAGAACCUGGACGCUGCCAGCAAGAGGCUGCGUGAGAAAGAGGACAGCCUGGCCCAGGCCGGCGAGACCAUCAAUGCCCUGAAGGGGAGGAUCUCAGAACUGCAGUGGAGCGUGAUGGACCAGGAGAUGCGGGUGAAGCGCCUGGAGUCGGAGAAGCAGGAGCUGCAGGAGCAGCUGGACUUGCAGCACAAAAAAUGGCAGGAAGCCAAUCAGAAAAUCCAGGAACUCCAGGCCAGCCAGGAAGCGAGAGCAGACCAUGAGCAGCAGAUUAAAGAUCUGGAGCAGAAGCUGUCCCUGCAAGAGCAGGAUGCUGCGAUUGUGAAGAACAUGAAGUCAGAGCUGGUGCGGCUCCCUAGGCUGGAACGGGAGCUGAAGCAGCUGCGGGAGGAGAGCACGCACCUGCGGGAGAUGAGAGAGACCAACGGGCUGCUCCAGGAAGAGCUGGAAGGGCUGCAGAGGAAGCUGGGGCGCCAGGAGAAGAUGCAGGAGACGCUGGUUGGCUUGGAGCUGGAGAACGAGAGGCUGCUGGCCAAGCUGCAAAGCUGGGAGAGACUGGACCAGACCACGGGCCUAAGCAUCAGGACUCCAGAAGACCUUUCGAGAUUCGUGGUUGAGCUGCAGCAGAGGGAGCUUGCCUUGAAGGACAAGAACAGCGCUGUCACCAGCAGCGCCCGGGGGCUGGAGAAGGCCAGGCAGCAGCUGCAGGAAGAGCUCCGGCAGGUCAGCGGCCAGCUGCUGGAGGAGAGGAAGAAGCGCGAGACGCACGAGGCACUGGCCCGGAGGCUCCAGAAACGGGUCCUGCUGCUCACCAAGGAGCGGGACGGCAUGCGGGCCAUCCUGGGGUCCUACGACAGCGAGCUGACCCCGGCCGAGUACUCGCCCCAGCUGACACGGCGCAUGCGGGAGGCAGAAGAUAUGGUGCAGAAGGUGCACAGCCACAGCGCUGAGAUGGAGGCUCAGCUGUCACAGGCCCUGGAGGAGCUGGGAGGCCAGAAACAAAGAGCAGACAUGCUGGAGAUGGAGCUGAAGAUGCUCAAGUCUCAGUCCAGUUCUGCCGAACAGAGUUUCCUGUUCUCCAGAGAGGAGGUAGACACCCUCAGGUUGAAGGUCGAGGAGCUGGAGGGCGAGAGGAGUCGGCUGGAGGAGGAAAAGAGGAUGCUGGAGGCACAGCUGGAGCGGCGCGUGCUGCAGGGUGACUACGACCAGAGCAGGACUAAAGUGCUGCACAUGAGCCUGAACCCCGCCAGUGUGGCCAGGCAGCGCCUGCGCGAGGACCACAGCCAGCUGCAGGCAGAGUGCGAGCGACUGCGAGGGCUCCUGCGCGCCAUGGAGAGAGGAGGCACCGUCCCAACCGACCUUGAGGCUGCCGCCGCGAAUCUGCCAUCAUCCAAGGAGGUGGCAGAGCUGAAGAAGCAGGUGGAGAGCGCCGAGCUGAAGAACCAGCGGCUCAAGGAGGUUUUCCAGACCAAGAUCCAGGAGUUCCGCAAGGCCUGCUACACGCUCACCGGCUACCAGAUCGACAUCACCACGGAGAACCAGUACCGGCUGACUUCGCUGUACGCCGAGCACCCAGGCGACUGCCUCAUCUUCAAGGGUGGAGGUGGCCCCACGUGGACCUCCAGCAGCUGGAAACCCGGGGUGACAACGGCUUGUUCAUCACUGCCCCAGCGAGCUAACCUGCCGUUUGUGAAGAUGGUGCCGUCGGCCUGGCGUGGCAUUGUGGCCCUGGUGAGGCCUUGCAGCCCCGUCUUGGCAUGUGGCUGUUUCAGGAAGGUUGGAGGGGGUGCUGGCUGUGGGAGAUCAGGAUGGGCAGAGACGGGCCCUACCUGGGACUGCUAUGGUCUGGAACGGGCGUCUAAACCACCUGCAGUCUGCAGCCUCUGCGCGUCUUUAUAGAACCGAAAACCAACUUUGAUUUGUAUAAAAGCUGUACCCAGUGCGGCCUACGCAUGUCCACCAGCCUCUCACAGCAGCGAGCCGCUGCCUGUCUGAUUCAGCCUUAGCCUGGCUGUUCCUCAUCCUCCUGCACAACCCGCCUGUCUUCACAGCCUGCGCCGCUCUGGGGCCCUGCACCGGGCUUGCUCUGCGUUCCUUCUGGAUUUCCUGCUUCUCAGAUCACAUUCAUCCAUUUCUGCACUCAUGCAAGUCUCAAACCUUUGAAUAAUAAAAACACACCAAGUCUUUA